AUGGCGCUGCUGUGUGGUUCAACUUCUGUGACUCCCUUACUCUCCCACAAGAAUGCUGUGGCAACCUCAACAAAAUCUUCCUCUGUUGCCUUCCAAUUUUCACUUCCAAAUCUUACAUUAUCUUCUUCUGUUCGAACCCUUUUACCCCCAAUUUCCCGUGUCCGUUGUCAACAGGACUCUACUACUACUGCCCCUCCCACGGAAGACCCGCGCUUCGCCUGCGUUGAGCCCGAACCCCGAUUCAAAGGCCCGGACAUUUGGAAUAAGAGUUGGUAUCCAAAAGCUGCAGAUCAUGUGAAUACAGAGAAAACAUGGUAUGUUGUUGAUGCUACAGAUAAAGUUCUUGGAAGAUUAGCAUCAACCAUUGCUAUUCACAUCCGAGGGAAAAACUUAGCAACCUAUACACCCAGUGUGGACAUGGGUGCAUUUGUAAUUGUGGUAAAUGCAGAAAAGAUUGCUGUGUCUGGGAAAAAGAGAACCCAAAAGCUUUAUAGAAGACACUCUGGACGACCGGGUGGUAUGACAGUGGAGACAUUUGCUCAGCUGCAAAACAGAAUACCUGAAAGAAUUAUUGAACAUGCUGUUCGUGGCAUGCUUCCAAAAGGGAGGCUUGGCAGGAGACUAUUCACCCACCUGAAGGUUUACAAGGGCCCAGAUCAUCCACAUGCGGCACAGAAGCCCAUUGACUUGCCAAUAAGGGAUAAGAGAAUACAAUUCCAGAAAUAG